AUGGGACUUUGUGGGCUUCUGCCUCCUAGAAUUUGCCACGCUGCUGGCUACUGCUGCUGUACUUGCAUCUCAUGGCUUCCACGUGCAGGAGUCAACGCUCUCAUGUUCUGGGGCUUCUAUACCCACUGCUUCUCGCUGGCCCCCAUCAUCCUUAGCACGGCUCAUCCGCUACUUCAAACAAUAGCAAUUCUCUGGGUAGCUACACUCUACGGUCUUUCCUUCAUUUCAUACUUUGAGACCGUCCGCAUUGGUGGAGGCUCUCCCUUAGAUAUCCCUGGAUUCUCAGUACCGCUGGCGGUCGUCCAAGAAUGCUGCACCCUUAGCAAUCAACCCUCUUCAUCUCCCUCUUCACCUCUUCCACUACUUCCUUCUUCAUCCACCUUAGAUUUAGCUCUUCUUUCUUCCCGCUCACCUCCACCCCAUGUUCCAAGUUACACAGCAAAAGACAAUGGCUUGCUCCGCUUCUGUGGUAAGUGUUUAGCUUGGAAACCUGACCGUGCACACCACUGCUCUUCUUGUGGUCGUUGUGUUCUUCGCAUGGAUCACCACUGUCCUUGGUUUGCAACUUGCAUCGGCUUUCGUAACCAUAAAGUUUUCCUUCUCUUCCUUGGUUACGUCUCUAUCUUUUGUCUUUCAUGUGCUCUCUCAGCAGCUAUCGGCGUUUAUUUGUUUCUCAAUACAGAAAUUGACCGCCUUAAACAUGGAGCAACUGAUGCUGCAUUUGUCCCCGUUAAUUGGAUAGCCCUGGCUGUCGUGGCUUCUGUCAUGGGAUUUGCAGUCACCGUUUUUUUCCUUUACAGCCUGUACUUGGCAGCUAAAAACUCCACAGUGAUUGAAAAUCUCGAAGAAACAAGAUACCGUACUUCACUAGCCCCAGCCCAUUUCCGUUACACUGCACCACCAUCAUCGCGCUCUGUCGGUAAUAUUUUCGAUCUGGGCUGGCGUCGUAACUUGGCCCAGAUCAUGGGUCGCGACCCUUGGAUGUGGUGGAUUCCUCUUCCACUUCCUCGUGCGCCUAUAGAUCAUACCUCACCUGCUGCGCCUCUUGAUGAAGAGGCUUCAGUCGCAAUGCUAGAAGAAAACAACGACACAACUGACUACGAUAAGGCAGGACAUUGUCGCUGGAACGUAUAUCCCGUCGGCGUCGUAUCUGGUGCCGAAGGAGACGGCACUUGGUACCCAGUCAACCAAGCGCUUCUACAAGCUGCUCACCUGGCGGCUGAUUCAGAAACCCAGCGGCUUGCUCAGAUGUACGCACACCGUCAAAGGCAACAGGAACUUAUGCGUGAACAAAUGCUUGAUGAAGAAAACUACGCAUACUAUGCACACCAUCAAAACAUUCUGCACGAGACUCCUCAUGGCGUUCCUCUUGCUGAUUUAUAA